AUGAGCACCGCCCUCCCUCGAUUGACUUCAGACCCUCCAACUGCCUGGAACGAUCAUGAGCAAUACGGAACCAUGAAUCGAGGACAUUCAAAGAGUACUUCUCAACACCCCGGGUCUAUGAUGCAUGGACCGGGCAGACAGCGGAAUGGCUUCAGCGGCAACGGUGAGAAGGCUGUGCCGGUACCGGGGUCGACGGUCUUUGGGAACGGCGCGGACAGAAAGAGCAGUAUCUCACAGGGCCAGCCGCUCUUUGAUAUAGCGAGGAGCCCUCCGACCACGUCGAGCAAGAAUACCAAACACGUCCCAUGUAAAUUCUUCCGUCAAGGGGCCUGCCAGGCAGGAAAUGCGUGCCCUUUCUCCCAUUCUCUCGACCCAAUGACGCAGCAAGCGCCUUGCAAGUAUUUCAUGAAGGGGAAUUGCAAGUUUGGCGCCAAGUGUGCGCUGGCUCACUAUCUUCCUGAUGGGCGACGAGUCAAUCGGGCAGACCUCGAUGCUGGUUUCGCCAUGUCAGGUCGAAACUUCAACUACGCAAAUCGAUCCGAACAAUCGCCAUUCCCCAGCCAAGAUCCAAGUCUGGGAGAUCCCAUACUCAAUCAACCGCCCUACGGCCAAGACUAUUUCCAAGGUUCAGGUUUCCCAUUGAUGGACAGUGACGAGGCGGACGCGUUUCAAGACCGGUACAACCAAUAUCAACCGCCCUCAGCCCUCGAUUCAGGGCUCAACUCCCCCCCAACGUCUCAGUUUGGUUCUCCGCCAAAUGAUUACCAAUUUCCCAAGUCGCCCGUCGAGAAUCUUCGAACCGCCCUCAAUGCCCCUCUGCCACAAUCCUUCGAUGCGAACGGAGUUUCCCACAUCGCGAAGUACGGGCCUCUCGGCCAGUCUGUCCCAGACAAGUUUGGCAUGCGAUCUCCAGCGUCUUCUUCGCUGUCUAGACAACUUGGAAGUCCUCCAGAAUCAAUUGUCAAUGUUCGAAACGCCAACUUGGGGUCCAAUUUGAGGAACGUGUCGCCUUUGGGUCUUUCGCCGCAGAAUGCAGAGGAGUCCAUUGGCCAGCGAAUUAUGCAUUCUCAGAGAACAGUUAAAACAAGAGGGCUAUCAGCAAGUGUUCCGCGCUCACAUCUUCCUUAUGAAUGGGAGGAAGGGGUGGGGGUGGAGACAGACCUACUUCCCAAUAGUCUGCACGACGAAGUACUUACUCCCCAGGAAAAGAUGCGCCGCGCUUCAAGGGCGGAUCAAGAGCACAGCUCCAAGGAUCAUGUCCACGCCCUGGCGAUUCCAAGUGGAACUUCUAGCAAAGUGGGAUCCCCACCAGCGGGAAGUCCUUCCAGAUUCAGUGCCUUAUGGGCUGAACAGAGGGAGAGAAAGGCUGCAGAGAACAAUGUGCCGUCCAGCUUCGGGCACGUUGGUUCACCUCUUCGUGGGUCCUGGAUGCCCAGCGAAUCGUCCACUCCGAGCGUACAGAUAUCUGGUAUAUCUCAGGCGAUGGCCCGGAUGCAGCUCAACCGAGUUGACUCGGGCGAAUCGAAUGGAUUGAGGGUCCAGUCGAGUGGUCUGAGACACUCGUCGGCGCCCAUUGGACGAUUUGACCGUGGGAUUUCCAGCCCUGGCUUGAGUUCAAAGAAGAUCGAUGAAGAGGUUGAAGGAGUAUUCUUCCCCAUGGACGGCGAUGACAAGACACCCAACUGGUCAGGCCAGUCACCUCGACUUGUGCCACAGCGCGACAGAAGCAACGGUGACUUGACGGGACAUAAAAAGGACACCACAGGACUCGAUGAGAAUGGGUUGAAGUCAAUAUGGGCUUUUCGCUCGUGA